CUUUGACGGUCACCAGCUGAUUGUCAUUGAAAUUAUCGUUGUUCAGUUUUGCAUAACAAAGUUUAAUUUAAAGGAAUUAUCUAUUAAAAAUGUCGAAAGCUGCAGGGAAAUUGAAAAUUUUAAAGAAAACAGCAGACAAAAUUGCACACACGACCAAAUUGAAAACAAAUAUACCAGCUGGAAUGGCUGCUGCCGGCCCUCCACUAGGUCCAAUGCUUGGACAGCGAGCAAUAAACAUUGCAGCAUUUUGCAAAGACUUCAACACACGUACAGCAGAUAUAAAGGAAGGCAUUCCGCUACCUUGUCGCAUAACCGUAAACAGCGAUCGGAGUUAUAAUUUGGUUAUACACUCGCCACCGGCAACGUUUUUACUGAAACAAGCUGCAGGGUUAGCCCGUGGUGCUAUGGAACCAGGUCGGGAAAUCGCGGGUAUGAUAACGCUCAAGCAUUUAUAUGAAAUUGCAGCAAUUAAACUACAAGAUCCUCCCAAUGCUUUAUUAACAAUGCAACAAAUGUGCGUGAUGUUAGUGGGUAUUGCUCGAACUUGUGGCAUAAAAAUUGUACGCGAACUAAAUCCAGAAGAAUAUGCAAAGUUUUUAGAAGAACGUCAAGUCGUUGUAGAACAGCAAAAACGAGAACUACAAGAGAAGCGGGAGGCGAAGAUGUUGCGAACAGGCUGAGUUUUAAUUAUAGAUACAUUUAUUUUGUUUAAUGAAAUAUAUUCAGAAUUGAAAAUUAAAUUUAAUCCUAUGCAAAACCAA